AUGGCCCAGCGAGUGAGCUUCCCCACAGACAUGCUGCAGGAGCUGCUGGAGGAGCACGCUGCCUGUGAGAGGGAAGCCCCUGCAGUCUUCAUGGAGCACUCCUUCAAGGAUGACAAGCAGGAGUUCCAGAAGAAUCUUGUUGAAAUCAUAAAGAAUAAGAAGGAGGAUUUCUUGAUUCAGAAUGAAGAGACAUCAAUCAAAUACUGCCAGACUAAACUUGAUCAGCUUUCAAAGGCACUAAUAAAAAGUAUCUCAGCAGGAACUUUCUCUGUUCCUGGAGGUCAUGAACUCUACAGGAAAGCAAAGGAAAUUAUUGAAAAGGAAUAUCACCAAGUGCCCAUGAAAGUAGUGAAGGCAAAUGAGUUCCUCCAGAGGUUUCUGCAGUCCAAGGUGGCACUAGAAAUCCUGCAGGCAGAUAAAGCCCUCACUGAUGGGGAGAAGGCCAUAGCAGAAGAGUGGACCUGGAAGGAGACAGCUGAGAAGGAACAGGAGCUGCUGAAACAGAAACUGCAGGAGCAGCAGCAGCAGGUGGAGGCUCAGAAGAGAAGUCUCCAGAAACACAUAGUUCAGAUGAUGGAGAAGAUGGUGAGAGAAAGAGAAAACCUGCUGAGAGAGCCAAACAAGAUAUUGGAGCAUCAGCUGAAGGUCCAAGAAGAUCUGUGUACUGAAGGAUUUAGAAAGAAAUGUGAGGAGAUGAGUACAGAGAUAAAUCAUUUGAGAAAGAGGAUUCUUGAUACUAAAAAUGACGAUAUUUCCUUGCUUGCACAAGCCUUGGACAACCUUGGCAAAAGAAUCGCUUCAUUAUUGCCUGCCCCAGCUAACAUUCUUGGUAAUGUUAUGAAAGUAGUGAGCUCACUAUUUAAAAAAAAGUAG